UUUGGUUUCACGAUAUGCCAUUAUUAGGCAUUCUCUAUCUGAUUGUUAGAAAUUAUUCAUUUCCUCAAAGAGAGAGAAUAAAUAGGGUGGGGAUGCAAUCUCGUACUGUGCACUUUCUUUGCCAAAGGCCAACGCUGAACAUUUCGGCGCCGUGAGGAUGCUUCUGCACGUGAGCUUGCUGGCUCUCGGAGCCGCCUGCGUCUGUGCCGUUCCCACAGACAGUCCCAUGAGCACAGUGGUGAAGGAGACCCUGACGCUGCUCUCCGCUCACCGAACUCUGCUGACAGGCAACGAGAGCCUGAGGAUUCCUGUUCCUGUACAUAAAAAUCACCAACUUUGUACUGAAGAAAUCUUUCAGGGUCUAGACACACUGAAGAAUCAAACUGGACAAGAGAACGGUGUGGAAAAACUAUUCCAAAACUUGUCCUUAAUUAAAAAAUAUAUUGACCUCCAAAAAAAAAAGUGUGGAGAAGAAAGACGGAGAGUAAAGCAAUUCCUAGACUACCUGCAAGAGUUUCUCGGUGUGAUCAACACUGAGUGGACAACAUAA